AGUCCAGAUUUUAUAGAGGACAAAGCGGCGAGGGCAAGACAUUCUACUGACGGGUGGUUUCAGAAUCCGUGGGGCCCCACCCGAGCUCGUAAACCAGCGCCGAGCCGAGCUGUUCGUGCGCGGAGGCGCGAGCGCGAGGCAUAGCAGGCUAGCAGCGCCGGGCGCAACGGCCGAAAAAACUGACAAAAGCGAGACGGGGUGCAGUUGCUCUGCUUUCUCAAUUCCGUCUCUAUAUUUCCUUCCUCCCCGAAGACCACAUCCCGUCUCGUCUUCUCCUCGCCCUCGCGCGUCACGAAGAUAACGAAGAAGAGACCCCGAGGCACAUUCUUUGAUUCUUUCUCCCAGGCGCCGCCGCAAUCCCCUGUCGAAAAAUCCUGAUCUUUCGCGGCCAGAUUGCAAUUUUUAUAGGCCCGGGGCCCGGCAUCCUCCAUGACGCGUCCCCAAGAAGCGCUCUCCGUUUGGUCCAAGUUCGUGGCCGGCGUCAAUAUCUCCCCGAUGAUCGGCUAGUGCAGCGGCGUUCCGGAGGAGGGUUCAUUGCCCACCGUGAGGUUUCUUGGGGCUCUGCGAGUUGAGCUUUUCCUGUUUGGAGUGAAGUUUUCAGAGGGAUUUGCAGUGGAUGGGGUCGGCGGCGGCGGCGGCUGUUGUCGAGGUCAGUUCCGACGAAGAAGACGGUGAGAAGACCCCUGGUGCUGGCAAGCGAAAGUCACCCGAAGAUGGCCUUGAGUGGGCCGAGAAAAUACUAGGUCAAGAAGACUACGAUGCAAUUGGGGAGGGUCUGGAUGAUUCUGCGUUCAUACAGGAGUUCAUGGAUUCUCUGGUGGAUGCAACGAAGACUAUGGGGGAUGAGAAGGAGAGUGUGGUGGAUGGCAAGAGGAGCCGGCGUGAUGCCGAUGACGAUGAUUGCGUCAUUCUGGACGGUGACCCUGAAAAGGCGGUUGCCGUUGCCAAGGAGGAGGAACCUCGGCGAGAUGCCUCAGAAGAUGAAUUGCAGAUAGUCGCCGAGAAAGGAGAGUUAGCAUGCAGGGAUUUCCCUCAUCCACGCCAUCUAUGUGCUAUCUUGCCGUUCAGCUCCAGUUCUCAUGCAAGCCGUUGUAAUAUGUGCCACUGUUAUGUCUGUGAUUCUCCUGCUCCUUGUGCCUUGUGGGGAAAAGGCACUGUGCUUAGUGAUCAUUGUCAUGCUACAGAUAAGGAUGCAAAAUGGAAUAAACUUAGGCAAUUAUCCAAGCGCAAAAGCCAGCCGACGCCUAAACAAAGAAAUAUCCAGAAUUUCUUUCACUCAAGUUCAACAGAACCAUCCUCACAGCUUUCUGCAAAUGUGAUCAUACCUUCUACCGGAAGAUUUCCUGUUUCAAGUAUUGUGAGCCAAAAUCAACAGGUGGAUCCCGCUAUUAUGGUUCGACAGAAUACGGGGCAGGGUAUCUCUCUGCCGAGAGUGCCAUGUCCUAUGCAAAGAACUACACUCCCAAGCAAUAGAUUCAGAAGAGCUCGGGUUGCUCCUCCAGUUUAUACAUUCUCAAAUGUUAAACAUUUGCAACCUUCUGUUCCUAGCUAUGGCGAGAUGCAGCCAGCAUACCCUCACACAUUUCAGACAGCACAAGUACCACCAGGAGAUCACAUCAGUGCUGGAACUUUUCGGAGUUACCCCCCUCUGCUUCCUCUCAGUGCACCAAUAGGAUCUCAGGGACACCAGUAUCAACCACCAUUGUAUCCUCAGCUUGCUCCUAACACGGUAGUUGGUACCGAAGUGCAGCUCUCACGGUGCACCUCACCGGCCACUCAGGGAACACAAUACCCACAAGGUCCAUUGGCUAAUUUGGCAUAUGAGCUGGGUGUACCUAAUUAUUAUAUCAACCAACCACUAGGUCAACAGUCAGCAAGCACUCAAUCUCUGCAUCCUAAUCAGCUACUUGCUCAAGCUAAGGCGAGCCAAUGUGUUGAAGUUAAGAAAAGCAAUGUUGCAGCAAUGGACCACUAGGUCAACAGUCAGCAAGCACUCAAUCUCUGCAUCCUAAUCAGCUACUUGCUCAAGCUAAGGCGAGCCAAUGUGUUGAAGUUAAGAAAAGCAAUGUUGCAGCAACGUCACAAAUGAGGCCUUCCAGUGAGCAUAAUUCAUCAAAUCAUGCAUCUGGUGGUAUUGUUCUUUCAUCUGAUUCUAUCCAGACUAAGCAGCCCUUGUGCCAAUUGAAUUCGCAGAGCAGUCUAACUCCGAGUGAAACCGCUCCGAGUACUUUUGUAGCUUCCCCUUCCAUGAAACAUUGAUGGGAACUGAUCACCAGGGUGUACUCAGUGUUAGAUUCUUUGUUCCUUUUUAUCGUAUUGUUAUCUUUCAUAUUACAGAUAGGGUGUAGUUGACAAACUUCUUGGUAGGCUUGUCUUAGGAGAGUAAAAGGGGCGCUCCUCUAGUACAGAGCUUAGACCUGACCCUUAUAAUGUAAUAGCUUAAAGUUGUGAAUUAAUGGUUGAAUUUUCAGUGCAAAA